AUGUCUGGUCAAAGUAGAAAUGUCUAUUGGAUGGUAGUUAGAAACUUUAUCAACUCCUUUAAACCACGCCGGAUUAGAGGAAAUGAUAUGGGUAAAGAUUACAUUGGCAAUUCUUAUUUUGAAAUACCUGCAGAUCCCAGUGAGGGUAAGAGGAAGCCUACCAGGUGGUACAAUCCACCAAAAGGCCAAGAUUUUCAAGAUCCCAUACCUGCAGAAUGGGAGGCUUGGUUGAGGAUGCGAAGGCAAGAGCCACCAACAGAAGAAGAGAUCACAAAGAAUCUUGCUAUAGCUCAGAUGAAGAAAAUAAAUGCAGCUAAAAUUGAAGCCAAGAGGUUGGCCGAAGGAGGAUCUUUGCCGUCAAUACCAGAAAAGGGGCACCAAUCGUUCCCUAUUUAUCCAGACUACCAUGCCGGUGAUUCACAAAAUGAACCACCCAAUAAAUGA